UAAUUCAGCUAUGAACUACAUUGAGUUGCUGACACGACAGGCAAUGCAUGGGAUAUGAUGCCUAGCAAAAAUGGAAAAAAAAAACAUUGAUAAUUGAGUAAAUUAGCUGUUGUAGAGCAACUUCCAAAUCACCAUAAUGCAUUUUCUUAAUAAAUAAACUAUUGAGCCAGAUGGAGAUGGAGAAAGAGAGUACUCUCCUAGCUAUAUAUCAACACAUUAAAGUGUAGGCCAUUCUAAAAUUAGAAAAGAAGAUUACUUCUUAAAAAGUCGAGUGCUUAGCUUCUGCUUCAAGAGGAAGAACAAAUUUCUCUUCAUGGAAGCAUUGGCAUCUCCAUUCUAUUCAGAUAUGGGAAUGGAUCACAGCUUCCUCGAACAGUGGGAGUUGACCUCAUUGGCUCAUGAGUUCAACGCAGAAGAGCAUUUAGGAGUCGCACUUCGACACGACUUGGAACGAUGCCCCUCUUCGGAAAGCCACAGCUCCUAUGCGUCAGUCAGACCACCCAAGAAGAUAGCCAAAACCAACAGCUGGAGUUCUUGCACCACUACUGAGCUCAACUCUGUUCCGCCGACGGAUGCAUCGGCAUCAGGGCCAAAGAUCCUAUCUUUUGGCAAUCCGGACUGUGCCUUCCGCGGCGGUCGUGUUUCCAAGCCCAAAGAAGAGAUGGAUGUGCCGGUUGCCAGGGGACCAAAGAGAGGAAGAACAACUUCUCAUAACCAGGAGCACAUCAUAGCUGAGAGGAAGAGAAGGGAGAAGCUCAGCCAGCGGUUCAUCGCCCUAUCCGCCAUUGUUCCAGGCCUAAAGAAGAAGGACAAGGCAUCCGUUCUUGGGGACGGCAUCAAGUACCUGAAGCAGCUCCAGGAGAAGGUGCAGUCCUUGGAGGACCAAAUUGCGAAGAGGAAUGUCGAGUCCGCAGUGCUUGUGAGGAAUUCUCAGCUGUCUAGCGACGACGAUAGCUCAUCCUGCGACGAGAAUUGCAAUGAGGGCCAUGGCGAGUCCCUUCCGGAGAUUGAAGCCAGGGUUUGUGAUAAGUCCGUUUUGAUCAAGAUUCACUGCGAGAACAAGAAAGGAGCGUUGGUGAGAGUGAUAUCAGAGAUCGAGAAGCUCCGCCUCUCGGUGAUGAGCACGAGUGGGAUGACCUUCACCGGAGCUUCUCUCGACAUCACUGUAAUGACUCAGGCAAGAUCCUCAACUGCUGCUCCUCCUUUCGCUUUCAUAUUUGGUUUUAUGACUAGCUGCAAAUAACAAAAAAAUCUCGUUGCGGAUUUUCCGCAGAUGGAAGAGGAAUUCUGCAUCACAGCCAAGGAUUUGGUGAAGAAGUUGAACUCGGCUUUCAGGCAAUUCUUGUGAGGAAGUGAAUAAGCAUCUAGCUAUCUGGCGACAAGGAUUGGUAUUCCCUAAAUUCCCCCCAAACCCACCAUUUUCACUGGUUUUUGCUGCAUGUUUUUGCCCCUAUUGUCUUAGUCUUCAGAUUAAGCUACUUCCUCCUCUCUUAAUUUUCUUUUUGCAUGGUUAAGCUACUGAUCAUGUUUUUUAGAAGAAGAGAAGAAUGGAGUAUUCAUUUGUCUUCUUUUAAUAGUAUUUUUGAGGACGUCAAUUGAGUUUUCUUAACCUUUCUUAUCUUCCCCUCCUUAAAGCCUCUCUCUGGUUCAAAUUAAGUCAAUGAAGCUUGACUUGCAGAGACAAAUGGUGGCCUUCAGAAGACUGUAAUGAUCCUUCUUUAGGGCCAAAUGAAUAAUUCUCAAUUGUAUCGUUUUUUU